GGAGCGCUGGGGCCCGGCCGCUGGGGCCGGCUCGGCCUGCCCUUUGUGCCCGCAGCCCGCGCCCCGCGCCGAUGGCCGCUGCGCUGGGCUCUCCAGCCUCGCACGCCCGCCCGCGGACCUAACCCCGCGCGCCUGGGAUGCGCCGGGGAUGCGCGUCCUCCAGCCCUGCGGCUCCUCCCGGCUGGGCGCGGGGCGAUGGAGCUGAGCAUGAAGAAGUUCACCGUGCGGAGGUUCUUCUCGGUGUACCUGCGCAAGAAGUCGCGCUCCAAGAGCUCCAGUCUGAGUCGGCUCGAGGAGGAAGGCAUUGUGAAGGAAAUUGACAUCAGCCAUCAUGUGAAAGAAGGAUUUGAAAAGGCCGACCCUUCCCAGUUUGAACUGUUGAAAGUUUUAGGACAAGGAUCCUAUGGAAAGGUGUUCCUGGUGAGGAAGGUAAAGGGAUCCGACGCUGGACAGCUGUAUGCAAUGAAGGUUCUUAAGAAAGCGACCUUAAAAGUUCGGGACCGAGUGAGAUCAAAGAUGGAGAGAGACAUUUUGGCAGAAGUGAAUCACCCUUUCAUUGUCAAGCUUCAUUAUGCCUUUCAGACGGAAGGAAAGCUCUACCUGAUUCUGGACUUCCUGCGGGGUGGGGACCUCUUCACCAGGCUCUCCAAAGAGGUCAUGUUUACUGAGGAGGAUGUCAAGUUCUACUUGGCUGAGCUGGCCUUAGCUUUAGAUCACCUCCACGGGCUGGGCAUCAUCUACAGAGACCUGAAACCUGAGAACAUCCUCCUGGAUGAAGAGGGACAUAUUAAGAUCACAGAUUUCGGGCUGAGUAAGGAGGCCAUCGAUCACGACAAGAGAGCCUAUUCAUUCUGUGGGACGAUAGAAUACAUGGCUCCCGAGGUGGUGAACCGGCGAGGACACACGCAGAGCGCAGACUGGUGGUCCUUCGGUGUGCUGAUGUUUGAGAUGCUCACGGGGUCUCUGCCGUUCCAGGGGAAGGACAGGAAGGAGACCAUGGCCCUCAUCCUCAAAGCCAAGCUGGGCAUGCCACAGUUCCUCAGCCUGGAGGCCCAGAGUUUGCUCAGAGCCCUCUUCAAACGGAACCCGUGCAACCGACUGGGUGCUGGCAUUGAUGGAGUGGAGGAGAUCAAGCGCCAUCCUUUCUUUGUUACCAUAGACUGGAAUAAGCUGUACCGGAAGGAGGUCAAGCCACCCUUCAAACCUGCAGUGGGCCGGCCCGAGGACACCUUCCACUUUGACCCUGAGUUCACAGCACGGACGCCCACAGACUCACCUGGCGUCCCCCCCAGUGCCAACGCUCAUCAUCUGUUUAGAGGAUUCAGUUUCGUGGCCUCAAGCCUGGUCCAGGAGCCUUCGCAGCAAGAUCAGCACAAAACCACGGUUCCCCCCAUCGUGCAGCAGUUACACGGGAACAACAUCCACUUCACCGAUGGCUAUGAGAUCAAGGAGGACAUCGGGGUGGGCUCCUACUCCGUGUGCAAGCGGUGUGUGCAUAAAGCUACUGAUGCAGAGUAUGCCGUGAAGAUAAUCGAUAAGAGCAAAAGAGACCCCUCGGAAGAGAUUGAGAUUCUGCUGAGGUACGGCCAGCACCCGAACAUCAUCACCCUCAAAGACGUCUACGACGACGGGAAGUUCGUGUACCUCGUGAUGGAGCUGAUGCGCGGUGGGGAGCUCCUGGAUCGCAUCCUCCGGCAGAGGUACUUCUCAGAGCGGGAGGCCAGUGAUGUCCUGUGCACCAUCACCAAGACCAUGGACUACCUCCACUCCCAGGGGGUCGUGCAUCGAGACCUGAAGCCGAGUAACAUACUGUACAUGGAUGAGUCUGGAAACCCCGAAUCCAUCCGAAUCUGUGACUUUGGGUUUGCCAAGCAGCUGCGAGCCGAGAAUGGGCUGCUGAUGACACCCUGCUACACGGCAAACUUCGUUGCCCCAGAGGUCCUGAAGCGACAAGGCUAUGAUGCGGCGUGUGACAUCUGGAGUUUGGGGAUCCUGUUAUACACCAUGCUGGCGGGAUUUACCCCUUUUGCAAAUGGACCAGAUGAUACCCCGGAGGAGAUUUUGGCGAGGAUUGGCAGUGGGAAAUAUGCACUUUCUGGGGGAAAUUGGGAUUCCAUAUCUGAUGCAGCCAAGGACGUUGUAUCCAAGAUGCUCCACGUGGAUCCUCAGCAGCGCCUGACGGCAGUGCAAGUCCUGAAACACCCGUGGAUUGUGAACAGGGAGUACCUAUCCCAAAACCAGCUCAGCAGACAAGACGUCCACCUGGUUAAGGGCGCGAUGGCCGCCACAUACUUUGCUCUCAACAGAACCCCUCAGGCCCCACGGCUGGAGCCGGUGUUGUCGUCCAGCCUGGCUCAACGCAGGGGCAUGAAGAGACUCACAUCCACGAGGUUAUAGCAGCCGGCAGGACCACGCACUGCACUGGGCUGCUGAUGCUGGCGGGGACCCGCUCCUGCCCCGCUGGAGGGACCGCGACCCGCCACCCAGGCCCGGGCGCCAUGGCUCAGUCCAGUUUCCUUGCUCAGCCCGGAGAGGAUCCGGACGGGGACCUCCCAACGCCUCGCUGUGCCAACCUUGCCACCUCCUUCCCCCGCGAGCAAACCAAAAGGACUCAUUUCACUGCGCACCCCUCCGCUGACUGCCUGUAGGGUUCCUUCCGACUCUGUAGAUCUUUUACUAUUACGGCUUAUUAUAUUUAUAUGGAGAGAUAUUUUUUCCACUUAUAAAGCCAGUAACUUGGUCAGA